UCCCUCCACUACGGUCUCAGCUUCAAGCCCUACAGCGAAAGAAACGCAAAUCCAAUGUGGGUUGGGGGGUCUCUAUUCUAAUAGCCGCGAUGCUAGUCCUGCCGACUGGCAAGCCUGGCUCGUCCCAGCCGGUGGCAUACUCUUUUCGCGUCGAAUCAACUCGCUCGAUACACCUAUCGCCUGUACCAGCUUGGCUAAGCCCUGACCGCUGAUUUGAAUUCGUCAGUAUCGGACGGCUAUUGGACUCAAUGACACACAAGGUCGCCAGCUUUGAGCAGCAAGCUCCGAGCUUUACCUUUCCGGACGUCAGAAUCGAUGGACAUUCUGUUGAGGACGGGUCCCGCCAAGUCUCCAUGAUGGCAAUCCAAGGGUCCAAUGCGCCAGCUGCGCUACUACAUAACAGCUCCAAGCGUCUGAAGUACUACAAAAGCAAGCGUCACAGUGAGUUUUGCAAACAUCAGCCAAACUCUGUCGUCAGAAACCGUGGAUGCUGCAUCGAUGUGACUCAAAACGAACCAUUAGAUACUCCUCUCCAGCAGAACCGAGUCGCACAAGGGUUGGUUCCGACAUGUUCCGUUCGCGUCUGGGCGUCGGCGACCGUUGUGUACGAUGUACUCUUGUGGUGGUGCAAGUAGUGAUGUGAUGUACCGCUCAGCGUCACAUCCAAAUCGUUGUCUGCGGAUGAUGGUGGGCAAUAAUGCUUUCCAGCCUCUUCGAGUACGCGGUUACACAAGCGCACCCACACCAAUCGACAUGAUCUUAUGCGAUAGAGAGCUGCAACUAACUGCUAGCUGUUGCUGCAUUCUCAGGCGGUCGGUCCCUCAUGAGGUCGCACAAGUACACACAGUACCAUGAAGGAUGGAGGGUGAAAACCCCUACGGUAAGAAAAAAAAAGGCACAGUAUAAAUGUCUUGUCCAAGAACUGAAGACAUUGCAAGGUUUCUGUAGAAACGCAGUAUGUAUGUGGGGGUUUUUAUUUUUUGCCACUAUAAGCGACGCCUGGUGCACACAGCCGUGUCUGCUACGCGAAUUCAGGACCUGGACCUGAGGUUGAGCAGCCGCAGUGGGCGGGAGCACAGUGUCUGCGCUAGUAAGCGCAUCCCUAGACAGAUUAGAUUGAGACUUGGAGUAACACCAAACGUCGACUCGAUAUAGUUCAAGGUCCGUACCCCGUUGCUCGUGGUCUAUCGAUCGACGUAGAUCUCGAGGGUCUAUAACAGUAGCCUCUUGGUCUUAUGUUUUAUGAUUAU